AUGGAAUAUCCUGCAACAAUACCUGCAUCAUUAAAUAGAUCAAGUAGAGCUACUCCCAAAAUUGAAUACAGACAAAAUAUUAAGGAGUCUCAAGACUCUUGUUUAGAUUUAGUUGGAGAUUCAAGCUCAACUGCAAACUUUGGAUAUACAAAUAUUAUUGAUUCUAGCACUGACUUGAGGAAUACCGAAAGAGAGUACACUAGUAUAAAUAAAAAUAUAUGUAAAAUACCACUUUCAGUUGAAGUCUGUAUUCACGAAAAUAUUGAGAUAAGUAAUGAUAGAGAGAUAAAUGGAAUAAAUCGUGAUAUUAUAGCAAGGAGAAUUGAGAAAUAUCUUUUAUUACAAGCUAGUGUUAAACUAGGGAGAGUUGAAAUUUGUACAAUUGGUGAUUCAUUUUUAAGGAAAAUUUGCAAGGAUAUUGUUUUAUCAUUAAUGUGUCCAGUUAAACUGAUAGAAGAAAGGAAUACCUGUGAGAAUACAUGCGAUGAGAGUAUAAUACCUAUUUAUCAAGUAGAUCCUAUAAUUUUUAUAUACCAACUAAAUAAUCAUAGUUAUGAGUACACCUUAGAAGAAUCAAAUGGAGAGGUAAAUAGUUCAGAUACUCCUAUAUGGCAGCACUGGGAGUUGCCUAAUGAAUCAUUUCAUGGACUUUGGGAAGCCUUGCAUUAUGACACUGGAAUUAAACAGCAAUUGUUGGAUUAUGCAAGUGCUAGUUUGAUAUUAAGUGAUCACAGUAUUAAUUACAAUGUUAUAAAUUGGAAUCACCUCAUACUUUUGUAUGGAUCUCCUGGAACAGGAAAAACAUCAAUUUCACGUGCCAUAGCGCAAAAAAUUGGGAUAAGAUAUUCAUCAAGAUAUGACUCAAUUCAUUUAAUAGAGAUAAGUGCACAUUCACUAUUUUCUAAGUGGUUCUCAGAAAGUGGAAAAUUGGUAGUUAGACUUUUCACGAAAAUUAGAGAAGUCUUAGAAAAUUCAAAUUCAUUUGUUACUUUAGUUAUUGAUGAGGUGGAAAGCUUAACAAGUGCUAGGAAGCAGUGUAUGUCGAGAAAUGAACCUUCAGAUAGCUUAAGAGUAGUAAAUGCACUGCUUACUCAAAUUGACAGCUUAAAGAGAUAUCCAAAUACACUAAUUAUGACAACAACAAACAUACCAGAUGCAAUUGAUGAUGCAUUUUUAGAUAGAGCAGAUUUAAAAAUUUUUAUACCACUACCAUCUUUAUAUACAAGGUAUUUAAUACUUGUUGAAUGUAUUCAAGAGUUUAUUAAGAAGAAUGUUAUAUUAAAUAAAAGAGAUAUUCCAACUGAAUUUUUAUCAUUCCGAGAUGUUAUACAAUUGAAACAAGAUAAUAUAAUGUGUCAUAACUUUAAUAUUCAAUAUUCAAUGUGUGUAUUGAGUAUUGCAAAAAAGAUAGAUAAAUUUUCUGGGAGAAAUAUCCGAAAACUUCCAUUUAUUGUUUUAACACAUAGUUAUCAUUACGGAAUUCCCAUUAGUAUUGACAAAUUUAUGGAAAAAUUGGAAUACUUUAUAUCGAACAAGAGAAAUUCACUACAAGUGUAA